GAUGGGAAAUGUAGUCCAGGGCAGAAACGCGGUCAACCCAGCCACGAUGCGAGCCAAAGGAUUCUUGGCUCCAAGCCUGGUCCUGGCUGUUAGUUUGGAACUCACGCACCCAGAUGCUAACUCGCCCUCAGAAUGCAGAGGGGAUGAAACACUGACCGGACAAUUCAAUCUGUAUAUGGGAGAUGAACUGGAGGGGAAGACGAAUGGCAGGAGGGUGAAGAGAAAGCUGAAUUACUGUGCAAACACCCGCAACUCAAAUCCGGGUGGUUACUGCAGAGUGAAUAACGAUAGGUACUAUUUCGUGUAAGGCAAAGUCCUUUGAAAGGGCUCCUAGAGCGUCAAGGCCCCCACCUGAUGAAUGAAUGAGUCAGGCAGGCCCAGCUCCACUUCACUGAUGGGAAAACUGAGGUACGAGGCGGUGAGAUGACUGGCUCGAGGCCUCGCUGAAAGAUUCGAGGCGGAGCGGAGAACCAGAAGCACCGCUUCUCUCAGGCUGAUGCUCUAAUCUCGGCUCCCCCCGCCCCGACGAUGGCGUAGACGGCCUCCGCCGGCCGACUCACACACACCCUCCCCCGGGAACGGCAAGUCUCCUCGGGUUCCAAGGACAGGGUCAAAAGACAAGAGGCCCGAGGCGCUCCCGCCGUGAUUUGCAGCCAGAGAGCGUUGGGAGCGUGCGUGCCUCCAGUCCAACAUGGCGGCGGCAGCGGCCGCCCCCGACCCCAAGCCCUCCCUCAGGGCCGGAGGCUUCUCAGGGCCCUCCGGUGGGCGGGAAGACAGCGCAACCCCGCGAGGCCUUUCUCGUCGCUGCCGCUGCUCGCUGAAGGAGUCGCCUACCCGACAAGACUAACGGCUGCGGCGCGGAGGCCCCAUAGCCCGCCGAGAACCAGGAAUACGAGAGCCAGGCGGCGCGGCGGCCGGAGCUGUACUGAGCAGGAAAGAAGAUUUCAAAGUAAUUUAUUGUUAUGAGAUCCGUGCUUUUAUCUUGUCUCAGACUCCCAAUGAUAGUCACAUACUCUCCUCUGUACAUUUAAUGAAACUACUAAAAUAUUUCGAUUUAAA